GACAGCUUCCUUAGUUAGCUACUUUUUGCUGUCUUUCAGCUUAAGAAGAUUCUUGGCACUUUCACUCUGUUUCUCUUUCUCUCUGUUUGACAUGGAGUGUUCAACAUUAUUCAACCGUUGACCAAGUUUUUCUUGUUUGCACCUUACCUUCUCCAUCUGAUUUAUCUCAGAAACGCCCUCUUUGAAAGUCUUCAGCUUUGAUCUAUUCUUCUUAAAUUUCUCUACAAGUUGGAAUCUCUACCGAAUUUUCUUCAUUUUCUCAUCUGGGUUCCUUUCAUUUCCUAGUUUUCCCAAUCAAAAUUUCACCUAUUUCUCUCUUUUCUCAUCUGGGUUCCCUUCAAAAUCUCUUAUUUUUAUCGAGAAAUGGGUGGUUGUUUAACCAAAAGUGGAGAUUCAAAGCCUCAAAAUAAUGCCUAUGGUUAUAGAUCAGAGCCAAAUCCUGUAGUUCAUCACCAGGUUAGGACUCAACCGGCUCAACAAGCCCGUCAUUUGCCUGAGAAACCAGGCCAUCAUGGAACUUCAUCACCAUACAAGCCGGCUGUUCCAAGUGCAAGUCCAAAACCAGUUCACACUCACAGGGCAGACACAAUUCUUGGUAAACCUUUUGAAGAUGUUAGGUCACAUUACACUAUUGGUAAGGAACUUGGUAGGGGUCAAUUUGGUGUAACUUAUUUGUGUACUGAGAAUUUAACUGGGAAACAAUUUGCUUGCAAGUCAAUUUCUAAGAGAAAACUUGUGACUAAAAAUGACAAGGAGGAUAUCAAAAGAGAGAUUCUGAUAAUGCAACACUUGAGUGGUCAGCCUAAUAUAGUUGAGUUUAAGGGUGCCUAUGAGGACAAGCAGUCUGUGCAUCUUGUUAUGGAGUUGUGUGCUGGUGGUGAGCUUUUUGAUAGGAUCAUUGCUAAGGGGCAUUACAGUGAGAGAGCUGCAGCUUCAAUAUGUAGAAGUAUAGUGAAUGUUGUGCAUAUUUGUCAUUUUAUGGGGGUGAUGCAUAGAGACCUUAAGCCUGAGAAUUUCUUGUUGUCUAGCAAGGAUGAGAAUGCGCUUUUGAAGGCUACAGAUUUUGGAUUGUCGGUGUUCAUUGAAGAGGGAAAGGUUUAUCGGGAUAUAGUAGGGAGUGCUUACUAUGUUGCCCCAGAAGUUUUACGCCGGAAAUAUGGGAAAGAAAUAGACGUUUGGAGUGCAGGAGUUAUGUUGUACAUUUUGCUCAGUGGUGUACCUCCAUUUUGGGCAGAAACGGAGAAGGGAAAGGUUUAUCGGGAUAUAGUAGGGAGUGCUUACUAUGUUGCCCCCGAAGUUUUACGCCGGAAAUAUGGGAAAGAAAUAGACAUUUGGAGUGCAGGAGUUAUGUUGUACAUUUUGCUCAGUGGUGUACCUCCAUUUUGGGCAGAAACGGAGAAGGGAAUAUUUGAUGCUAUAUUGCAAGGCGAAAUUGACUUUAAUAGUAAACCAUGGCCAAGUAUAUCAAACAGUGCCAAGGACUUGGUGCGUAGGAUGCUUACCGCAGACCCAAAAAAGCGGAUUACUUCUGCUCAAGUUCUAGAGCACCCAUGGAUUAGAGAAGGUGGAAAUGCAUCAGACAAGCCAAUAGAUAGUGCAGUCCUUUCUAGGAUGAAGCAAUUCAGGGCAAUGAACAAACUAAAGAAACUUGCACUGAAGGUCAUUGCGGAAAAUCUUUCUACUGACGAGAUCCAAGGGCUCAAGUCAAUGUUUACAAACCUGGACACUGACAACAGUGGCACAAUUACCUACGAUGAAUUGAAGGAAGGAUUAUCUCGACUUGGAUCAAAGCUUACGGAGGCUGAAGUCAAGCAGCUCAUGGAAGCUGCUGAUGUGGAUGGAAAUGGGACCAUUGACUACAUUGAAUUUAUUACUGCCACAAUGCACAGACACCGGCUAGAAAGAGAUGAACAUCUUUACAAAGCUUUUCAACACUUUGAUAAGGAUAAUAGCGGGUUUAUCACGGUAGACGAAUUAGAAUCAGCCAUGAAAGAGUACGGAAUGGGGGAUGAUGCCACAAUCAAAGAAAUAAUAUCUGAAGUUGACACAGAUAAUGAUGGUAGAAUCAACUAUGAUGAAUUCUGUGCAAUGAUGAGAAGUGGAACCACCCAACCGCAAGCCAAACUUUUCUAAAUCAAUGCAUGGUAUUUUCUUUAAGAAACCCAAAAGUUCUUGUAAAAAAAUCUGGGACGUAAACGACUCAAAGCCCUUCAGUGGACAUUCAUUUUUCUUUCAGAAUACCUUCUUUCCAUCAACUUCAUUAUGGAUAUCUUCAAAUUUGACGUAUGAGGCCUUACAUUUUGAUUGUUUUUGCUUUACCAAGUGCAAAUUUGUGUGUAAUUAGUUACGAUCAUCUUCAUUUUGUUCAUGUUUUCCUCUGUUCUUUCCAGAGGCAUACUGAUGUUUGAAGUGAAAUUUGCUUUAAGGGGGAGUAUAUUUACUUUCAGCUCAUAUUAUAUACGAAGAUUGCUUGUAAUUAUCAAUUCU